GCUUUACUUAAGUGACCCAAGCAUCCCAGUACCGAAGCGUGCACUUUAUUCAUGGAAAGCAAGUGGGCGUGUGGAUCAUGUAGUUCAAGAAAAAAUGAAAGACGUUGAGAACCAUCCUAAUGUCAAAGCUAGUUUUUCAGAGAGUGAAAGUGAAGAUGAUAGCUUAAGUGAAGACUCUAGUGAUAAUGACUCCCUUUCAUUAGAUGAAGAACACUUAGGUACUGCUAACAAAUUUGAAUAUUCAUAUCAACAGCUUCAAACUUUAUCUAUAGUUUCAUUUAUUUUAAGACAUAAUUUGACAGGUGUUGCAGUAAAUGAUUUGCUAUCACUUUCUAAAUUAAUUUCUCCAGAAUUCUCAAYUCUACACGAAAGUGAGAAGUAUGAAGAUAUGUUAGGAAAGGUUGAUCAUAAUGUCAAUUUUAAGUGUAUCAUUGUUGCCCCUGUUGCGGGAGUGUUUUCCCAGAGUCCCCAGAUUUUUUUAAAUGUGAAAUACCAAACUGCAAGGGAUAUCGGUACAAGGGUAACCUCUCUUCUCAGUCCAAGCGAACUCGUCAGCCAUGUUUUUUUUGUUGUUUCUGAUUCGAAAUUACAGCUUAAAUAUCUCCUUAAACAAGAUGGGCUGCUAGAAGCUAUGCUAGAUUGUAAGCAUAGUGCCAAAAUGAGAAAAACAACCGAUUCUCAAACAGUAAUUUCAGACAUAACUGAUGGUGAGUACUACUGUAUGCUGUUAGAAACGUAUGCAAACGUAUGCAAUCAGUGCCAUUUUCAACACUAAUAGAAUUCCCUUGUAAUCAUCGUCAAAGGUAAAGCUAUCGAUCCCGGA